AAGAGAGAGAGCACAGUGUGUUUGUCGUCUGGUAAAGCACAUCUCAAGUGAUACAUCUAAUAUUUGUAACUGGACAGUACAGAACGGAAGAACGGCACUUUGUGUCUCAUUUUGGUGGUUAAACCUACUGUGCUGCAGGAUCUCACCUGGACUCUUAUCCUCAGAAUUUUCAUCUCAUUCACCUGUUUAAUCAUCAUUCCUAUAAUGCUGUCCGUCUGGCUUCUCUUGCCUUUCUGGUUGGGUUUUCUCUCUCACUCCUCUAUAGAAGAGGGCCUGGAAUUCCCCAAUUUUGAUGGCAAGGAACGAGUCCUUGAUGUGAAUGAGAGGAACUAUAAGAAAGCGCUUAAAAAGUUCGACAUGAUGUGUUUGCUUUACCAUGAACGCCUGCCUUCAGAUAAGGAGCUCCAGCAGCAGUUUCACAUGAGGGAGAUUGUUCUGGAGCUUGCAGCUCAAGUUCUGGAGGACAAGGAUAUUGGUUUUGGUAUGGUAGAUUCACAUAAAGAUGCCAAGGUGGCCAAAAGGCUUGGUCUGGAGGAGGAGGGAAGCAUCUAUGUGUUUAAAGAUGAAAGAGUGAUUGAGUUUGAUGGAGAGCUUUCUGCAGAUACACUGAUUGAGUUCCUGCUGGAUCUGCUAGAGGACCCAGUGGAGUUGAUCAGUAACCCCAUGGAGCAACGUGCUUUUGAGCGAAUGGAUGAAGACAUACGCCUUAUUGGCUACUUCAAAGGCGAAGACACAGAGCACUACAAAGCUUUUCAGGUGGCUGCAGAGAAGUUUCAACCAUAUGUCAAAUUUUUUGCCACAUAUGACAAAGGGGUGGCAAAACUAUUUACUCUAAAAAUGAAUGAAAUCGAUUUCUAUGAGCCCUUCAUGGAGGAUCCCGUUACCAUUCCUGGCAAACCCAAUUCUGAAGAGGAAAUAGUGGACUUUGUUAAUAAGCACAGGAGGCCCACUCUGAGAAAGCUUCGUUCUGAGGACAUGUUUGAGACCUGGGAGGAUGACAUGGAUGGAAUCCACAUUGUUGCCUUUGCUGAGGAGGAAGAUCCAGAUGGUUAUGAAUUUUUGGAGAUUCUGAAGGAGGUGGCUAGGUACAAUACUGAAAACCCUGAUCUGAGCAUAGUGUGGAUUGAUCCUGAUGAAUUCCCUCUGUUAACUACCUACUGGGAAAAGACCUUUAAGGUGGACCUCUUCAGACCCCAGAUUGGUGUGGUGAAUGUGACCGAUGCUGACAGUGUGUGGUUGAAUAUGCCUAAUGAUGAAGCUCUACCCUCGGCUGAGGAGCUGAAGGACUGGAUGGAGGACGUUCUUUCUGGAAAGGUCAACACUGAGGAUGAUGAUGAUGACGACGAUGAUGAUGAUGAUGAAAAAAGCAAUGAUGAUAGUAGCGAUGAAGACGACGAUGAUGACGAUUAAUGGCUAUACACAAAACUAAUCUAUAAUCAUAGAAAACUUAUUUAGCUGUAACUCAGUCAGAACUAUCUUUGAUUCUAGUAUUCGUAUAGUAGAGAUGUUAUCCAUUUUAAAGACUGAAGGGCUAUUUAGUCCUGAUUUAACUACAUUUAUUUGAUAAAUGUCUGCAUUGCCAGUCAGAUGCAAAACAUAUAACUGUAUAAUUACUUAAGAUUAUUUUUGCUGCUGAUUUUUCAUCAAAUUACAGUAAUGGUAAUGGUAAUUGUUUUUUUAAAAAAAAAGGGUAUUGCUUGGAGUUCUAUGCUUGGCCUGUUCUGGAAAGACUUCAGAUGUGUCAUUGUUUUCAAUAAAGGUUAUCAUUUUAGUUUUGUGAUUGUCUCAUGCAGGUCCAUCCCAAGCAUAGCGAUAGUUUUCGUCACGGAGCCUGGUGAAGCCAGACCGUUUUCAGUGCCCUAAGGACAGCCCUGGUAUAUCAUCAGAAAUGUUAUUUGAAAAGCCUCAGAAUUCAUGAUCUUGAAAAAAGACUGGGUGUAAUUUGAUGUUCUCAAAAAAAAAUUGCUGUUAUUUUUUUAAAAUUUGAAAAUAUUUUGUGUGAAUUCACCUAAAGAAAAUUCAGGUUGUGAAAUUCAAGUUUUUAUUAUUUAAGGUGUGGAUUUAAGGUUGUGAAAUUCAGGUCUCAAUAUUCAGGUGGUUGAAAACGGGUUGAGAAAUUCAGGUGGCAAAUAUGUGGAUGACAUCCAGGAAUGCAAGGAAGAGUAAACAAACGUUGAUGUAAUCCUUCUCUCUUGAACAAUUGCAAAGCAAUGGAAACAGCUCAAAAAAUAUUUUAAAUGAAAUAAUUAAUAUAUACAGUAUAAUAUACAUACAGUAUAUAGUAGUAAAUAUAUAUAGCCUUUAAUAAGGUGCAAAACAUAUUUUCUUUGCUCUUUGGCAAUUCACACUGAACAAAUCUGCUGAAAAGGCAAUUAAAACGAUUCACUUACAUGCUUACAUGACCAGAUAAUGUAGUAUAUUUGUAUCAAGUUGAGUAUACAUUAAUCAGGUGUAAUCAAUGAAAACAUUGUUGAUUUGUACCAUAGUUAUGUCUGCUUUACUCGGCUUUAUUGUGUGAUAA